AUGGAUUCUGGAUCCACAACGGUACCCAGCAUUGUGGUUUAUGUUACUGUUCCAAACAAAGAAGCUGGUAUGGUUCUUUGGAUCUCUGGUUCCUCGUUGGUUCCAAAAGUGAUGAGUGUUUUGACUUUUACAUUGUAUGAUGAUUUUGCCUUUUCUUAAAAGAACUGAUGAAGAUUAUGACAUUAUUCCAGUAUGGUUCGCUUUUCUUCUUCCUCUAAGCUUUUUUUUCAAAUAUCUUAAGCGUUAGUUGUUCUACUUUUGUUUUCUGGUGUCAAAUCUUCAAUGAAACAUGGUUGACACGAUGGGAAGAAUUUUUCAGAUAAUUUAUGAGAUAGGGUUAUAGUUCGAGUACCUCCCCUGCGACUAGAGAGUUUCUAAAACUGUAAGCAUCUGUGAAUCUGACAGUAUUAUGUAAGAUGUACAAGAUUAUACAUAACGAAAAGAAUAUGACAAAUUGAUUGAUGUCAAUCAACAUCGAAUAUAUUGGCUGUUUUGGGAGGAUACCCUUCAACCAGUCGGUGUUUAUGACUGCGUGUUAUUGGGAUCUGUCAAAAGGUAUUAUCUGGCCCUGGAUGUAAAACUUCAUCCCUAAUUUCAAUUUUGAAGUUAAAAAAGGGAUGAACUGUUGUAAUCGGUAACCUAUGUUUUGUGAUCUUGUACUCGUACCUGGGUUAUGUUUGUGAUAACUUGGCCUAUUUUUGAGGGAAUUUCAUCUCCUGGAGAAUCACGAGCCAAAAAGUGUAUUGAAACAUAAUUCCCAAUUGAGAUGGCACCCCUUGUUGAAAACCAUGAGAUGGCUAUUUGUGACAGUAAAAUCUUAGCCACUGUAGGGCCUACGAAAGGAUGCUUCCAAGUUCAUGCUGUAAAAUCUCUUGAUGAUUUGUUAGUGAACUCAAUUUUCUAUCUUUUUUUGCCUUUGUUCUCUGAUCAGCUUCAUCUAAUACUGUCUGUUUUGAAUGAAGGGAAGAAACUAGCAGAAAGCAUUAUCCAGGAAAGGCUUGCUGCAUGUGUUAAUAUAGUACCAGGCAAGUACUCUUGCCUUUUUUUUUUGCUGUACACAGAAUAACGUUUAAAACGCUAUUUGCCAUUUGGUAGCAGAGAGUAGGCUUGAGUAUAGUUCAAGUAGCGUGUCAGUAGACUACCUGAAUAAAUAUAAUUCUGCUAAAGAUUUGUCUUCCUCCAUUAUCAUCGUCUUUGAUCGAUCCUUUUCCGGAGUUUCUGUGGCCUUUUUAAUGCUAAAGGUAUGCCUGGAUACAUAACAGCAGCUAAACAUCCAUUAUCAAGUUUCUUCUGCUUCACAGUAAGUAUUAUAAAACGAAUGUUUUCUUUUUAUUCUAGGAUUUCACGCACUGAAUACAUGUUAGAGUUUUAAUCACAAUUAUUUUACCAUAAAUAAAUGCAAGCAUAAAUAUUGUGGCAAGAAUGUGUAGAAUAUCCCAUAAUUUUCUAACAUAACCAUAUUAUCUUGAUACAUUCAUGUGGGUUUUUCUCUUCAUAAGUAACACAAGUUUUUUGAUGACAAACUGAAAUCUUUUCAUCAUUUAUUUAGUAGGUUAACCAGCGUAUGCUACAGGAAAUGAGACAAUUAAAGUUUGCAUCUUCGUUCAAUGUGAAUUCUUAAGAUCUGCAAUUUUGAGGCUAAAAGCUUUUCUUCAAUGUGAACGCACUGUCUGAUUAAUUAAUGAGUCAAGUUUGUUCUUGCUCCAUCCUUUCAACCUUAAUGAGUUAUUAUUUUUUUUCUAAACUAUUUCCACAUAUCUGGGCGAUGUCUGAUUAAAUUUUUUUUAUCAAAACGGACAUUCAUUUUAUUUAUAGAUAGUUGAACAUCUUGGUUGUAAGAGUAUCAAACUCUGCAAUCCUGACCCCCACAGAUUUAAUGGCAGGUAUUGAAUCAGUCUACUGGUGGGAUGGCAAGGUAAAUAUAUCCAAACAUGAAUAUUUAAGUUAUGAAAAAUCAUGUAGUAUGUUGGAUGUAUCAUUAACUGAUCAAGACCCAAUCUGGCUGGGUCUCUCCCAAAACAUUCAAAGGUGUGUGGAUCAUCAGAUUUUCCCAAUGCAAAUGGGGCAAUUUGACCUGUAUUGGUCAAUCCUGUAUAUGGACAUGAUUAAUCAAGUGGGCACUUUCAGAUGUACAUCUCAACUUGUACGGCUUAAUCUAUUGCUUCAGGUUCAAACGGACUCUGAAGAGCUACUCAUCAUCAAGACCCGGGAAUCUCUGCUGGAAGCACUGACAGAACAUGUCAAGUCCAACCAUGAAUACGAGUAAGAUUCUGUGCCCAGACCUGUUGCUCAUCUCCUUUUUGCCUGGAGCAGGGGCGGCUGAACCAAUGAAAGAUAUGCUCUUCUGUGUGGCAUUGCAGGGUUCCGGAAGUCAUCUCGCUGCCCAUAACUGGAGGAAGUGCCAAGUAUCUGGAAUGGAUCAAGAGCAGCACCCGGGACUAA